AUGUCCUUUGCUGUUUAUGCCUCGCAAUUCAUCAAUCGACAAAAUGGCACCAGCAAUGCUGGAGAAACCAACAUGAGUUCUUCACAGCCCAUGUUCUUCUCGUUCACAACCGAUAAUAGUGGUAGCGAUGGGGAGGGCUCCAGGGCGGAUCGUGGGCGAAGGGGUGCUCAAGAUGCAGGACCUGGAGGGUCUGUGUUUGGAAGUGGAUGGUGGGGUAAUAAGGGUGGUAUACAUGAUGGGCGUGGACGGGCAAGAGGGCGAACUGCACCUGAUUUCAAUGAAUUAGAUGAGAAUGAUCCGCACCUGAUACAGGACGGUGAAGAGGAUGUUGGCAAUUUCCCUCGCGAUGUUACCCGUAACGUCAAUCACGGCGACGAAGAUCCGUAUCUGAGGCUGGAUGAAGAAGAACCCCAUGUACGGAGAACCCUGUCACAGUCUCGUUCACCAUCACCCCAAGGUGGAUGGCUUGCUCAUCACGGUCGCCUCAGCUCCUCUUCAUCAUCAGGAUCAAGCUCAGACGACGAGGAACCGCCACUAGAUAUACUCGUACAACAGCGACCGCAAGUCCAAGCACCUCCACCGAGGACUAACCGCGAUCCUGUUUCUCUAUCUCUCACCGAAUCCCUACUACCACGGGACGGCGUUACCCGUCCAAUCGAUGUUUUCUCUCUCCCCGACCCUCGCUUCACCCCACGAAAUAGACGAAAAUUCCAGGAUUCAUCAUGGACAGCACUCUGGCUAACAGGCAUUUCUGUCUGUUUGAUAUCUUCUAUUGUCCUUUUAUUCGUCACAUCCACCUCGAAAGCAUCUCAUAACGACCGGAAACAGAAGAAGCUAUUACCCUACACCACCUUACUCCAUACAAUACCGCUCCUGACGAUAUUGACGUUCGCAGCAGCCGUAGUUUCCUAUCUACAUGUACUUCUGCUGAGGGUGUUCAUGCAACCGGUAAUGAUAGUCACGUCGGUUUUCGUCCCUGCCACGCUUUUCAUCAGUUUCAUCUGGGCCUUUGUGGGUAGCUUCAUGUGGGAUGAGGGGCAAGAGGUUACUUGGGGAGAAACGGUCGGACUUAGGAUAUUCUCAGUGAUACCGCUUCUUCUCUCACUCUAUACCGCACGCCGUCUACUACACCUUCCGAAACAACUUCACACGUCCUCAGCCACCCUUUCCCUCGUCACGAGAAUCCUCAUGGGCAAUCCUUUUCUCCUGGCACUCUCACCCGUCAUAUUGCUCGCAAUGUUGUUAAUAUCAAUCCCUUUCCUCACACUCAUUUUCCGGUUACUAUUGAUUGGGUACUCCACUGGCACAGAUUCUCCCAACCUGAGCAAAUACGAAUGGCAUAUCAAACCGUGGGCUAAUUGGUGUCUUGUUGGCGCAGUAGCAAUUUGGUUGUGGACGUGGGGUGUGGCGAGGGGCGUGUUGAAGAUGACAUGUGCUGGUGUUGUUGGCGCUUGGUAUUUUGCUGAUCCCCCAACUUCUUUACCUCCCCUUUCUUACUUUGGCCUUGUACCUGCUUUCUCGCCCACGGCGUUUUCCACUAAUGCUGCGGAAACACAUAACAUCCAUGCAGCACUUACUCGGUCAACUGGAUCCUCGCUAGGCACUGUCGUUCUCUCCGCCUUGAUCUUGACAGCAAUUAGACUUAUUGGCCUUCUAACUAUCUUCCUGGACCGACUACCAGAGUGGAUCGAUGCAUUAGGAGGAUGGGUCGCACGAGUCGCGAGAGGUGGUAUCUCCAGUAUAUUUACAGGGGGGAUUGGAGGGGUGGCUAGAACCACUUUUGCGAGGGGAACAUUCAUGGGGGUUCUCGUUUCCAUUACGCGUGCUGCAGUUGGGUAUUUGGAGGGUGUCACGUUGAACUUGAGCAAGUAUGCCGUCAUUUACGCGGGACUUACUGGUGAGGAGUUUUGGGUGAGUGCGCGGAGGGGGAGUGCGUUGACGGCUAUGGUGGCUUCAAAGAGUGGUGGUGUGGGCAGGGUGAAGGAACCCCCUCUUGCCCUUCUCACACUCGGCGCACCUUUGACAUUAACGUUUCCGUUCGCAUUAGCAGCGUACCUCUUCGUCGCUCAUACUCUUAAUGCACCGCAUGAAGCUCUGGGUACUGCUGUAUUAGCAGGUGGAGUUACUGCGUUGGUAGGAACUUUCUGUGUUGGCUUGGUUGGCGACGGUGUGGAUACCUUGUGGAUGUGUUACUGCAUUGAUAGGGAUAGUGGGAUUAUCUUGAAUGGGAAAGCAAGGGAAGGACGAGAAGAAGUUGUCGAUGCUUUUGAAUACAACUCGAGAGCGAAAACGUUGGCCCGACACCAAGCUAAACACCCACAGCACCCACAACGCCAACCUCCUCGACCAGGACCGUCGUCUCGACCUCAUCAACCGAUACGGUCCCAACCUCUGCGUUAUGACACUUCGCGUGCACCGGAAGAAACUCCCCAAGUUUUAUUUGACGUUGUUGGGGAUGUUGAAGCUCAAACACCACGAACGAGCCAGCCACUUGCACCCCGCUCUCCAUCACCUUCACCUUCAUCUUCAUCUUCACAUACACGCUCGUCCUUGGUUCCCCCCGAGUCUCUGACAUUAAUGGCUCAUCAUGCGGAAGAAGAUGAUAUGGAUCCUUUCGUUGGCGAGCAUGAACCGGAGCCAGAGCUUGAGCUUGAGCGUGAGAUGGGUGGAAGCCAGGGUAAAGGAGAUGAGGGGCCAUCACACUCUCAGUCGCAGUCGCAGUCUCAGUUGUUCCCUGGGUCGGACUUGUUUUAG